AACAUUAGACAGUUGUUACGUUGGACAGGACACUUGGUCAGUUUGAAGACUUUGACUGGAUACAUAGAGUAAUCAUAGAUCUAGAGUAGCUCUGGAACAAACAACGCUUAACAACCGGUUACAUUACAUAAAAACCUCGAGGGGCGACUUCACCGGUGUUAAUUACAGGUGGGAGAGACCCUACCUGGACAGAGAACAAUAUACCUCAUCAGACUCCAUUCCAAUAACAGUCAGUUAACGGUAGCGGGACUAGGAUUAUACUUGCAGGUCAGGAGGAACAUAAACGAUUUCUGAAGUCAAAAGAAUCCGUACCCAGAGGAAAACAGUCAAAUUUAGAGAGGUAGGACCGUAAGAUCGAGCCUUGGUGAAAGUGACAGGUAUAACCGGGGAGUCGUUACACAGGAGUCGUACAGUGUCCUUCAUUUCAGUUCAAUUAGAGUUAAUAAUGGACGAAACAGCUAAGAAAUUCCUGCUUCCGAAGUCAGUCCGGUAAUAUGUGUGAGACAUCAGUAUCCAUAUGAAAUACAACUAGUUGAUGCCAUCCUCACGAACAACAUACAGACACAAUGGGCUGUUCUAAACAUGGCGUCACCAGAAAAUAGCUGCGUUCCACUCCGCCAUUCAAGUCUCCCCGGUAUUGUCCGUCUACCAAAGCGGUACAAAGUAGAAGAGUCCCGAUCACUCGACAGUCGAAAAGGCAGCAUUGAUCAUCGAGGGGCGGACAGGAUAGCUGAAAGACUCUCAGAUCUCAACCAGGCUUUACUGUGGAUUAAACAAGAAUUGAUUUUACUUCGUCAGCAUGACAUUCUCCUAAAACGUCAGUUCUGUGACAUACACGACACCAUUGUGUCUUUGAACAAAGCCAAACGAAGGGCUGGCUUCCGGGAGAAACAAACACUAACUAGCUCCAAUACGAGUCUCCAAUCCAACACAAGUUUUCAAUCCAACACGAGUAUUGACAUUACGCUGGAUCUGGAAAACUAUGGCGUCAGAAGUGCAAACAGCGUUACUUUGUUAAAUGAAGAGGAAUCAGAAGACGAAGAUGAAAUAGAGGAGUUCCGGCCUCGAACUUGUUCAAUGAAAACAACGCGAGACCUGACUGCUCUCGCAAGGAGACGCGGCAGUAAGGAACUAAUAUGACGGAUAUGUCAUAACCUACCUUAUGAAUAAGUCGUUGUGAUCAAAACGUCAAGAUGGCGGACACUUUCGAACGUCGACGGUUGAUGAAUACUGCGCCUUUGCAUGAAUAACAUAUAUUCUUAUUGAUAUAUUAUGAAGUAGGAGUCUGUGAGAAUUAUGUAAGCGUGACCACUAUUCCGGGAUGACGUAUACGGUAUCAAAGGUUCCAUUACGUUCCUAAGUACAGGAGAUAACACCAACCUGAUCUGAUUGGUUUCAGAGAGUUUCAGAUGGAUGUAGAGGGUGACCACUAAUAUCACUAUUCAUUAGCACAAAAGAAUAAAUGGGAUUGCAUUUUAUUGUUAUUGAUGAUGUUUACUCGAACGCUUGUAGCAGUCAUAUACAAAUGCGGACAUAUGGCAGCUUAAUGACGUAUUAACUUUUCAUAUAACAUGUGACGCAACUCAAAGAGUGCACAGUUUUUUCUGAGGAAUAAACUUGUUUUGUUUGUUGUU